UCUUUCACUUCUCUUCUUUUCUAUAUCAAUCAUAAUAUGGUGAGUGUAUCUGAAAUUCGCAAGGCUCAAAGGGCCGAAGGUCCUGCAACCAUUUUGGCUAUUGGCACUGCUAACCCAUCAAACCGUGUUGAACAGAGUACUUAUCCUGAUUUCUACUUUAAAAUCACUAAUAGUGAACAUAAGGUUGAACUCAAACAGAAAUUCCAACGCAUGUGUAAGUAUAUUAUUUUCCAUUAUUUAGUAUUAUAUGAACAUUGGUUUUUGUAUUACUCAAAAUUUGUUUUACUAAUAUUAUUUUAUUACAAUAAAGAGGCUGCAGUUAAAGCUAUCAAAGAAUGGGGUCAACCAAAGUCAAAGAUUACUCAUUUGAUCUUUUGUACCACAAGUGGUGUUGACAUGCCUGGUGCUGAUUACCAACUGACCAAAUUGUUGGGUCUUCGUCCAUAUGUGAAAAGGUAUAUGAUGUACCAACAAGGUUGCUUUGCAGGUGGCACGGUGCUUCGUUUGGCUAAGGAUUUGGCUGAGAAUAACAAAGGUGCACGUGUGUUGGUUGUUUGUUCUGAAGUCACUGCAGUCACAUUUCGUGGUCCUAGUGAUACUCAUUUGGAUAGUCUUGUUGGACAAGCUUUGUUUGGAGAUGGAGCUGCUGCAUUGAUUGUUGGAUCUGAUCCAAUUCCUGAAAUUGAGAAACCAAUAUUUGAGAUGGUUUGGACUGCACAAACAAUUGCUCCAGAUAGUGAAGGUGCUAUUGAUGGUCACCUUCGUGAAGCAGGACUCACAUUUCACCUUCUUAAAGAUGUUCCUGGGAUUGUAUCAAAGAACAUUGAUAAAGCUUUGAUUGAAGCUUUCCAACCAUUGAACAUAUCUGAUUACAAUUCAAUAUUUUGGAUUGCACAUCCAGGUGGACCAGCAAUUCUAGAUCAAGUAGAGGAAAAGUUAGCAUUGAAGCCUGAAAAGAUGAGGGCAACAAGGGAAGUGUUGAGUGAAUAUGGAAAUAUGUCAAGUGCGUGUGUAUUGUUUAUAUUGGAUGAAAUGAGAAGGAAAUCAGCUAAAGAUGGACUGAAGACAACAGGAGAAGGACUUGAAUGGGGUGUGUUGUUUGGAUUUGGACCAGGACUUACCAUUGAAACUGUUGUUCUACACAGUGUGGCUAUAUGAAAUGUUUGGAUGUUUUGUUGUUAAGUAUCACUUUCAAAAUAAGUUGACUCUAAUCUAAGAAAAAUAAGUUUGUCUAGAGUUCAAUAUGCGUCUUCAUUUUAGACUAAUAUACUUGGAGAAUGAACCGCUUUA